AUGGCGAACUUGACAAAGCUUGAUUUUAUAACCCUGGACAUUACUGGGAAUAACUACCUUACCUGGGUAGUGGAUGUCAAGAUUCAUCUAGAGGCAAGGAAUCUUAAAGAAACAAUCAAGAAGGAGAACAAUGCAUUUUCUCAAGAUCGGGCGAAUUCCAUGAUCUUUAUCCGUCGCCACCUUGAUGAAGGACUAAAGAGCGAAUACUUGACUGUUGAAGAUCCAUUAACCCUCUUGAAUGCACUGGGAAAUAAAUAUAAUCACCAGAAAACGGUGAUUCUUCUAAUGGCUCGUUAUGAGUGGACUCACCUGAAGAUCCAGGAUUUCAAGUCAGUGGCUGAGUACAAUUCUGCGAUGUUUAGAAUUAGCUCCUAG